AUGUGCCAUGAAAUUACUCAAUACCUUCGAAUGAGUUACCUCGCGGUAGACAAGUACGGCGAACAAUCGUAUUACCCCCUCCAAUCAGACAUCGACCUUGAGGAGGCUCUGAUACGGUGCCCGGACUCAACUCUCCGACUAUUUAUUGAAGCCAAACCCAGAACUGAAGAAGAUUGGGACAUCGUGGAGAAGGAUGAAGUGGCCGCGUCACGCAUCGAGGGCACCAAACUCCAACAGGACGGCAGCAUGACCGAACAGCAGAACUCCUCCGCACCCAAGUGGUCCCCACCAAUCUCACCCACUCACUUGGCCUCCUCCAUUCGUUCGGUUUUGGUCGGCUCGAAUUUCCUUCAAAAUGUCUCACAACAGAUCGGAAAAACUGUCACCUCCAUCGAAAAAGCGAUUGGUCUGAAAAUCCCCGCUACGCCUCCACGUCCGCCAAUCUGCGACGCGGAAUUUCGUCAGUACAUGGACAAUCUGGGGAGGAUUGUUCACCCAACUGAAUUUUAUCGCAACGUCUACCUGGGCGGCAUAGAGCCGAGUCUGCGAAAGGUGGCCUGGCGCAUCCUCCUCAACGUCUACCCGGUUGAGGUCACGGGAAAGGAGCGCAUAGCCCUGCUCCACAGCAAGGUCGCCAAAUACGAGUCGAUGAAGGUAGCGUGGAAACGCGCCUACCACGAAGGACGCCUGAGCAAGGCACAGAUCGAUGCCAUCGCCUUGGCCAGCGUCGAUGUCGUGCGAACUGAUCGAACGCAUCCAUUUUACAAGUGUGAUGACAAAAAUCUGCGUGUAUCGCAACUCUUCAAUAUUCUUGCCACCUAUGCAAUUUACCACCCUGGCAUCGGCUAUCACCAAGGCAUGUCCAAUCUGGCCAGCCCGUUGCUUUACAUUCAGGAUAGCGAAGGUGCCGCUUACGUUUGCUUCUGCGCUCUGAUGCGACGCCUUGGACCCAAAUUCACGCCGCACGUCGACCAGUUGACCAUGUUCACUCAACUCCAACACCUGCACGACCUCCUCGUCUUCACGGACUACGAGAUGGCGCAGUUUCUGCGUCUGCACAACCUCGGCAACAUGUUCUUCACGGAACGUUGGCUCCUUCUCGAGUUGGUGCGCGAGUUCUCCUUCGAGCAGGCUCUUUACGUCUCCGAGGUGCAGUGGGCGGCCCUAGCUCUCGUCUGUUCCACGUGGCCCAGCGUCGAUCCCGUCUCGCUGUAUCACCAAAACGGUCACAACCAGUUGUCCGAGGAGCUGGCCACCGUGGUCUUUGAGGACUCAGCCAAACACUACACACGCUGCGACACCAAGCUCAUCAACAGUCUGGUCGGCGAGGAGUUUCUCUAUAAGCUGCCUUGCGCCUCGCCUGGCACAACCAUCGCCUCCGCUUCGUGUUCGCCGCCAACCGAAGCAAAGCGCGUGAGCAGGCCAGCUCACGAGGGUGACCCGGUGCACAUGAAGGACUGGGUGGUGGAACUGCCUGCUCCCGAUGUGCUCGGGGGUGGGAAUAAUCCCUUUCUUCUCUUCGUUUGCGUCUCCAUGUUGCUGGAGUACAAAGAUGAAAUUUUGGCGGAGGUGCGCGAGCCCAGUGAUCUCUUUCACUUCUUCCAAACUCGCAACAAGCGUCACAAUCCCGUGAGCAUUCUGAACCGAGCACGUUGCCUCUUCGAUGCCUAUCUACGUCAGCAGGAGGCCAGACGCCGUGAACUUGCCGAGGGUCCACGAAUGCAGCAUCUCUAG